GCGUUCCGGUUCCGGGUCGGCGUCGUUGCGAUGUCAGAUUCGGAGAGCGAGGAGGAGGUGGAUGGCGGGCGCACCGAGCCCUUCUCUCUGGCCGGGUUUCUCUUCGGCAACAUCAAUGAGGCGGGGCAGCUGGAGGGGGACAGCGUCCUCGACAAGGAAUCCAAGAAGCACCUCGCCGGUUUGGGUGUGCUGGGACUGGGCAACCUGAUCACUGAGAUCACAGCCAGCGAGGAGGACAGCCCGGAGGCCGAUGGAGCCCACCUGGACGAGGAAGGCUGGAUUAAGAGCACAGAAGAUGCUGUUGAUUAUUCAGAUAUUAAUGAAGUGGCAGAAGAUGACAGCCGUAGGUAUAAGCAGGCAAUGGGCAACCUGCAGCCAAUGCGAAGAGCAGAUGAAGAUGAAGAUGAUUACGAUGCUGACUGUGAAGAUAUUGAUUCUAAGUUGAUGCCACCACCACCACCACCUCCGGUACCUGUAAAGAAAGAAGAUGAAAAGGAUGCAACUGGCACUGUAUCUGAAGAUGGAGACGGUAUCAUUUUGCCCUCCAUCAUUGCUUCUUCCUCUGCUGCCUCCGACAAGGUGGAUUUCAGCAGCAGCUCUGAUUCUGAGUCAGAGAUGGGACCUCAAGAAGCCAGGCAGGCAGAAUCCAAGGAAGGCAAACUCACACUUCCUCUUGCAGGAAUCAUGCAGCGAGAUGCUACCAAACAGUUGCCAAGUGUUACAGAGCUCUUCCCGGAAUUUCGACCAGGCAAGGUGCUGCGUUUCCUGCGUCUCUUUGGCCCUGGAAAGAACGUUCCAUCGGUUUGGCGUAGCGCCCGAAGGAAACGCAAGAAGAAACACCGGGAGUUAGCACAAGAAGUGCAGAUACAGGAGGGUGAAGUUAUGGUAGAGAGUGGAAUGGAAGGAAAAUCUCCUUGGGAGUAUGAGUUUGCUGCUCCUCCCCCUCCUGAGCAGUGCCUUUCAGAUGAUGAGAUUACCAUGAUGGCACCUGUGGAAUCCAAGUUUUCCCAAUCAACUGGUGACAUAGACAAAGUGACAGAUACAAAGCCUAAGGUGGCAGAGUGGCGCUAUGGCCCAGCACAGCUCUGGUAUGAUAUGCUGGGGAUCCCUGAAGAUGGCAGUGGAUUUGAUUAUGGUUUCAAGUUGAAAGAGAAGAAGAAGGAGCAGGAGGUUAAAGGCCACACAGAUGAGGGGGUUGCAGGGCUGAUGGAUGAAAAGGAUGAUCUGCUAGCUGAUGAGCAUUUCCUUAUGGUGACACAGCUCCAAUGGGAAGAUGAUGUUAUUUGGAAUGGAGAAGAUGUUAAACACAAAGGGACUAAGACACAACGGGCAAGUUUGGCAGGCUGGCUGCCAUCCAGCAUGACUAGAAAUGCCACUGCAUACAAUGCACAACAAGGUUUGAACCGCAGUGGCUCUUUGCUCAAUCCACCAAUUCCACUAACACAGAAACCAAAUGUAGCAGGAGUCCUAGGCAUAGCAAAGGGCAAAGAAAAGCAGCCCACUGAGCAGCAAGUUGCUGUUGAUGAAGACAAGCCCUGGUACUCUAUUUUUCCAAUUGAUAAUGAAGAGUUAGUUUAUGGACGUUGGGAAGAUAAUAUCAUCUGGGAUGAUCAAGCAAUGGAAACCUACUUGGAUCCCCCCAUCUUAACCCUUGAUCCAAAUGAUGAAAACAUAAUUCUAGAAAUUCCUGAUGAAAAGGAAGAAAUGACUUUGAACUCUCCAUCCAAGGAGAACAAGAAAGAAUCUUCUCUAAAGAAAAGUCGAAUCCUGUUGGGAAAAACUGGUGUCAUCAAGGAAGAGCCACAGCAGAACAUGUCUCAGCCAGAGGUUAAGGAUCCGUGGAACCUCUCCAAUGAUGAGUUUUACUACCCCAAACAGCAGGGACUUCGAGGAACCUUUGGAGGCAACAUCAUUCAGCAUUCUAUCCCAGCAGUGGAACUUCGUCAGCCAUUCUUUCCCACCCAUAUGGGUCCUAUGAAGCUCCGACAAUUCCAUCGGCCUCCCCUGAAGAAAUAUUCCUUUGGUGCCUUGUCUCAACCAGGGCCCCACGCAGUGCAGCCUCUCCUGAAGCACAUAAAAAAGAAAGCCAAAAUGAGAGAGCAGGAGCGUCAGGCUUCUGGUGGGGGUGAGAUGUUUUUCAUGCGCACACCACAGGAUCUGACUGGGAAGGAUGGAGAUCUCAUCCUUGCUGAAUACAGUGAGGAAAAUGCCCCUUUAAUGAUGCAGGUUGGCAUGGCAACAAAGAUUAAAAAUUACUACAAAAGGAAACCUGGCAAAGAUCCAGGAGCUCCAGACUGUAAAUAUGGAGAGACUGUUUACUGUCACACUUCUCCAUUCCUCGGUUCUCUCCAUCCAGGCCAGUUACUACAGGCAUUUGAAAACAACCUUUUCCGGGCCCCCAUCUAUUUGCAUAAGAUGCCUGAGACAGAUUUCUUGAUUAUCCGGACACGACAAGGCUAUUAUGUUCGAGAAUUAGUGGAUAUUUUUGUAGUUGGUCAGGAGUGCCCACUUUAUGAAGUACCUGGUCCCAACUCUAAACGAGCUAACACCCAUAUCAGAGAUUUUCUGCAGGUUUUUAUUUAUCGCCUCUUCUGGAAAAGCAGAGACCGUCCUCGGAGGAUCCGCAUGGAGGAUAUCAAGAAGGCUUUUCCAUCACACUCAGAGAGCAGCAUCCGAAAGCGGCUGAAGCUUUGUGCUGAUUUCAAACGCACAGGGAUGGACUCAAAUUGGUGGGUUUUAAAGCCAGAUUUCAGAUUGCCAACAGAGGAGGAGAUCAGAGCAAUGGUAUCCCCAGAACAGUGCUGUGCUUAUUACAGCAUGAUUGCAGCUGAGCAGCGACUUAAGGAUGCAGGUUAUGGAGAGAAAUCUUUCUUUGCGCCAGAAGAGGAGAAUGAAGAGGAUUUCCAAAUGAAGAUUGAUGAUGAGGUGCGCACAGCUCCAUGGAACACCACUCGAGCCUUCAUUGCUGCUAUGAAGGGCAAGUGCCUCUUAGAAGUGACAGGGGUAGCAGAUCCUACAGGUUGUGGUGAAGGUUUUUCUUAUGUGAAGAUUCCAAACAAGCCAACUCAGCAGAAGGAUGACAAAGAACCUCAGCCUGUGAAAAAGACAGUGACUGGGACAGAUGCUGAUCUGCGCAGACUUUCUCUCAAAAAUGCCAAACAGCUCUUGCGUAAAUUUGGAGUGCCUGAAGAGGAGAUAAAGAAGCUGUCACGGUGGGAAGUCAUUGAUGUAGUGCGUACGAUGUCUACAGAGCAAGCUCGUUCAGGGGAAGGUCCUAUGAGCAAAUUUGCACGUGGUUCUCGGUUUUCUGUAGCAGAACAUCAGGAGAGAUACAAAGAAGAGUGUCAGCGCAUCUUUGAUUUACAAAAUAAGGUUCUGGAAUCCACAGAGAUCCUGUCAACAGACACAGAUAGCAGCUCAGCUGAAGACAGUGACUUUGAAGAGAUGGGAAAGAAUAUUGAGAAUAUGUUACAGAACAAGAAAACCAGUUCUCAGCUGUCUCGGGAAAGAGAAGAGCAGGAACGAAAGGAAUUGCAAAGGAUGCUUCUGGGAGAAGACAGUGGCAAUGAUAAAGAAAGGGGCAAAAAGGACAGGAGAGACAAAAAGGGGCUGUCAUCAGCUUCAGGAGCCUCAGCAAACUCUCACAAAGAUGAUGACACUGCCUCUGUCACUAGCCUUAAUUCCUCUGCCACUGGCCGACGUCUCAAAAUCUAUCGCACAUUUAGAGAUGAGGAUGGGAAGGAGUACGUGAGGUGUGAGACAGUUCGGAAGCCGGCUGUUAUUGAUGCGUACUGCCGGAUACGGACCACCAAGGAUGAAGAGUUCAUACGAAAGUUUGCUCUGUUUGAUGAGCAGCACCGUGAGGAAAUGCGGAAGGAGCGACGCAGGAUCCAGGAACAAUUACGGCGGUUAAAACGGAACCAAGAAAAGGAGAAACUCAAGGGUCCUCCAGAAAAGAAGCCCAAGAAAAUGAAAGAGCGCCCAGACUUAAAACUAAAAUGUGGAGCAUGUGGUGCAAUUGGCCAUAUGAGGACUAAUAAGUUCUGCCCUCUUUACUACCAAACAAAUGCCCCACCUUCUAAUCCUGUUGCUAUGACAGAGGAGCAAGAGGAAGAGCUGGAAAAAACAGUGAUUCCCAAUGAUAAUGAAGAGCUCAUCAAAGUAGAAGGAACAAAAAUUGUCCUGGGAAAACAACUGAUUGAGAGUGCGGAUGAGGUUCGCAGGAAAUCACUGGUCCUGAAGUUUCCUAAACAGCAACUUCCUCCAAAGAAGAAGCGAAGAGUAGGGACAACUGUUCACUGUGAUUAUCUGAAUCGUCCUCAUAAAUCUAUCCACCGACGGCGAACGGAUCCCAUGGUCACGCUGUCAUCCAUCUUGGAGGGCAUAAUUAAUGACAUAAGGGAUCUUCCUAAUACAUAUCCCUUUCAUACACCUGUUAAUCCAAAAGUUGUCAAGGAUUAUUAUAAGAUUAUUACUCGGCCCAUGGAUUUACAGACCUUGCGUGAAAAUGUUCGUAAGCGGCAGUACCCAUCCCGAGAAGAGUUCAGAGAACAUCUGGAAUUAAUUGUUAAGAACAGUGCAACAUACAAUGGGCCAAAGCACUCACUGACACAGAUAUCUCAGUCCAUGCUGGACCUGUGUGAUGAAAAGCUAAAAGAGAAGGAAGACAAACUGGCUCGAUUAGAAAAAGCAAUUAAUCCUCUCCUGGAUGAUGAUGAUCAAGUGGCCUUUUCCUUCAUUUUGGAUAACAUUGUCACUCAAAAGAUGAUGGCAGUUCCAGAUUCGUGGCCAUUUCAUCAUCCAGUUAACAAAAAGUUUGUUCCUGAUUAUUACAAGGUGAUUGCUAAUCCAAUGGACCUGGAGACUAUCCGCAAGAAUAUCUCCAAACACAAAUACCAGAACAGAGAGACUUUCCUGGAUGAUGUUAACCUAAUCCUUGCCAACAGCAUCAAGUACAAUGGGCCAGACAGUCAGUACACAAAAACAGCCCAGGACAUUGUAAACAUCUGUUACCAAACUUUAGCUGAGUAUGAUGAGCACCUGACUCAACUAGAAAGAGACAUCUGUACUGCAAAGGAAGCAGCACUAGAAGAGGCAGAUCUGGAAAGUCUUGAUCCCAUGACCCCUGGUCCCUACACUCCCCAGAUGCGCCAGGGGCGAGGAAGGCUGGGUGAAGAAGACUCUGACCUAGAUACUGAAGGAUUUGAUGAGGAUGAUGAUGGGAAACCUAAGACUCCAGCCCCAGAAGUUGAAGAUGCAGAUGGUGACCUUGCUGAUGAAGAAGAAGGAUCAGCUCAGCAGCCUCAGGCCAGUGUCCUCUAUGAAGAUUUGCUGAUGUCAGAUGGAGAAGAAGAUGAUGAUGAUGGGAGUGAUGAAGAGGGAGACAAUCCUUUCUCAUCCAUCCAGCUGAGUGAGAGUGGCAGCGACUCAGAUGUGGAGCCCAGUGCAGUGAGACCUAAACAACCUCAUGUUCUUCAAGAGAACACACGGAUGGGUAUGGACAAUGAAGAAAGCAUGAUGUCUUAUGAAGGAGAUGGUGGGGAGACAUCUCAUGUUAUGGAAGACAGUAAUAUCAGUUAUGGCAGCUAUGAAGAACCAGACCCAAAAUCCAACACCAGAGAUACAAGUUUCAGCAGUAUUGGAGGGUAUGAGAUCUCAGAAGAGGAGGAAGAGGAAGAACAGCAGCGCUGUGGGCCAAGCGUGCUAAGUCAGGUCCAUCUUUCUGAGGAUGAAGAAGACAGUGAGGACUUCCAUUCCAUUGCAGGAGACAGCGACCUGGACUCAGAUGAAUAAACUGCCUUUCCUGAGGUGAUUGCUGUCCGGGGCUACUCUUGGCUUCUGAAUUUCUCUUGUCCCAGUUUUGUAUAAGGAUCAGUGCAGUGUGGACUGCAUUAACAUGAAGUAGACCUUCAAAUGUAUUUUAACUAGUUAUGUAAACAUAUAAUGUGACAGAGUAAAUGGUGAAAAAUAAGCUUUUGACAAGCAUGCCCUUGCUUGAAGUUUUGAGUUGCUGAACAUGUGCUAAUUCCAGAAUUCAGAUGAAGAUCUGUAUGGAUUGUUCUUCAGUCUUUAAGAUGAAAUUUCUCAUUAAUAAUGGCCUGUUGGAUACAUGCAUGUCUAUCAGGAAAAAAUGCUUGUUUGGAAUACAAUACUUUCUGUUGAUAAAAAAAUUUAAACCAAUUUUCAUUUCAUGAAGGGAAAGUUUUUCUCUGAGACCUUGCAUGAACGUAGUUUCUGAAACUAAUUUGACUUGUUUUGAUCACCCAGCUACUUUCAAAAACAGCUUCACAAAACAGCUGGUCUAUUUAAAAGUUUUAGUUUGACCCAGAAGUCAGAAUUUGGUAAUUAGUCUUCAGUUAGUGUAAUUAUUUACAGGAGAUGCCUCAUUUUUUGUCACCUGGAAAGCAUGUGAAGACCCAGGGGUUCUGUAUGAAAUUCUGCUGACUGAGUUCAUGUAAAUAAAAUUCGAGAUGGUUUAUAGACA